AUGAACAACGGCGGCGAGAGUCUGAAGAAGCAAGCAAUCGACAAGGCCAAGAGCAUCGCUAGUGGAGCUGUGCCCGGGUCCAACUCGAAUGGCAAGAAGAGGAGAAAGCAGGAUCUGAAGCCCAUUCAGCAGCAGCAGGCGGGAAACCCGUACAGUGCCAACAGCAACCAGUCGCCCCUCAAUCACAGCAAGGCCACCUACGGCCACGACCUUCACCAAUCACCCUCCGAAUCCGAGUCCUCUGGCGACGAGGGCACCGAAAACACGGCGGACGAGGAGGACUCCGAGGACUACUGCAAGGGUGGUUACCACCCUGUGCAAGUAGGCGAGCAAUACAAGGAUGGAAAGUACACAAUAGUGCGCAAGCUUGGCUGGGGCCACUUCUCCACCGUCUGGCUAUCCAAGGACAACACAACCGGCAAGCACGUCGCCCUCAAGGUCGUUCGCUCCGCCGCGCACUACACAGAAACCGCCUUGGAUGAGAUCAAGCUCCUUAACAAGGUGGUUGAGGCCAACAAGGAACAUCCGGGCCGGAAGCAUGUGGUCAGUCUGCUGGACUCGUUCAACCACAAGGGACCUCACGGCAUGCACGUGUGCAUGGUGUUUGAAGUGCUUGGAGAGAACCUGCUCGGCUUGAUCAAGCGAUGGAACCACCGCGGCAUCCCCAUGCCCCUCGUCAAGCAAAUCACCAAGCAGGUCUUACUUGGCCUCGACUACUUGCACCGCGAAUGCGGCAUCAUCCACACUGACCUCAAACCCGAAAACGUCCUCAUCGAGAUUGGUGAUGUCGAGCAAAUCGUCAAGACCUACGUCAAGGAAGACAAUGCCAAAAAGGAAAAGGACGACCACCGCAACGGCCGCCGACGAAGACGAACCCUCAUCACCGGCAGCCAACCUCUCCCCAGUCCCCUCAACGCCAGCUUUUCACAGAGCGAUCUGACCAACUUCCCGGGUAGCACGCAGAGCUUGAACAAGAUCAUGAGCGAGAGCAAAGGUAAUUCGCCCAUCAAAGGGGCGUCGCCGACGUCCAAGGAUGGUGCUGAGAUGAGUGGUGGUAUAGGCUCUGCUUCAUCACAACAAACGUCCCCUCCCAAGUCAAUGCUCGAGAGUCUGGGCAUCAAGCCCGACGACAGCUCCCCGAAAGAACAGGACCCGCACAAGGAGCGGGAAAAGACGGCUGACAUCCUCGCGAACAAUGUGUCCAACAUGGACCUCGACAAAUCCCACCCGCCGAAGCCGAAAGAGACGGAUCCAAUCGAUGGCAUUGAUAUCAUAUCGGUCAAGAUUGCAGAUCUGGGAAAUGCGUGUUGGGUGGGACAUCACUUCACAAACGACAUCCAGACUAGGCAAUACCGCUCGCCUGAGGUCAUCUUGGGCGCGAAGUGGGGAGCCAGCACCGACGUGUGGAGUAUGGCCUGCAUGGUCUUCGAGCUCAUCACAGGUGACUAUCUGUUCGAUCCGCAAUCGGGCACCAAGUACGGCAAGGACGACGACCACAUCGCGCAGAUUAUCGAGCUGCUCGGCCCAUUCCCUGAUGAGUUGCGCAUCUCGGGCAAGUGGUCGCAAGAGAUCUUCAACCGCAAAGGUGAACUGCGCAACAUUCAUCGACUACGACAUUGGGCACUGCCUAGUGUUUUGGAGGAAAAGUACCAUUUCACGGCCGAGGAGAGCAAUAAGAUUGCGGCGUUCUUGGAGCCUAUGUUGAAGCUCCUACCAGUCAAUCGAGCCAACGCAGGCGGCAUGGCCAACCAUGCGUUCUUGACAGAUACCAAGGGCAUGGAUUGGGUCAAGCUUGAUGUGAAGGCCGAGAGCAAAGGAGCUGGCAUAGCGGGAUGGGCGACAGAAGUCAAGAAGGUGCGGUAG